AUGGAAUAUUUAAAUAAAAUUUCAUUUAAUUAUCCAGCUCCUCACAUAAAGAAUUUUAGAGAAGAGAAAUUUUGCACUGACAAAAACUCUAAAGAUUAUUUAAGUUACACCAGACAAGGUUAUUAAAGAUAAAUGGUAAUAGUUUGGUUCUAAAACUUCGGCUUUUAUGAAUCUACUAUAGAAUAAACUAAGUUUACAUUAUAUUUAAAUUUAGUUAGGGUUUCUCAAAGAAAGUUAUGAUAGAAGAAAAAAUUAAAGAUUUUAAUGGUUAGAUAUAUUUUUUGAAAUCAUUAAAUCAAAAGAUGAAAGAAAAAAUAAUAUUUUCAUUUGAACAUUAAGUUAUUAAAUUAGGCCAAACUAUAAAGUAAAGUAUAGAUCUAAUAUUGGAUACCUAGAUAGAUACAAAUAUCAUUGGAAGAAAUAUUUAUAACGUCUUUGGACAUGAUUCUGUACUAUCGAACGACUGUAAUCUUUUUGAAUAAAGAAUUCAAAAAUAAUUCUUACUAUAGUCCAUUAUAUAUUUAAUUGGUGAUUAAUAUAAAAUGAAAUAUGUGUUUAAAAAUUAAAGAAUUUAAUCAAGAUUAAGUGAUCUUAUGACAGGAAGGGUUAACGUCCAGUUUGAAAUUGAUUUCUAGAUCAAGUUUAGAUAAACAGAAAUUAGUGAUCCUAGUGUGUUGCUCUCACUUAAAAAACAUCAAAAAUUUAUGAGUAAUACAUAAGAUAUAAUUCCGGAAGAAGCUAUUUUAGUGAAAUCAGAAAAUAGAUUCUCAAUAAUGAAGAAGAGGAGGAGAUAGAAAUAAGAAAAUAGAGGCUGA